AUGGCUGCGACCAAGCCCGGCGACGAUGCCCUCGGGUUCACGACGCAGGUUGAGGACGACGUCGAGGCCAGCAAGGAGUACGCCCCCAGCGGCACCGACACGCCCUGCGACGUCGACCCUCUCCGCCAAAAGGCCCUCCUCCGCAAGCAGGACCUCCGCAUCAUCCCGCUCACGGCCGCCAUCUACCUGCUGUGCUACCUCGACCGCUCCAACAUUGGCAACGCCAAGGUCCUCAACUCGUCCACCAACAAUGACCUCCUCCACGAGACCCGCAUGACCGCCUUCCAGUACACCAUUGCCCUCAUGGUGUUCCUCGUCGCCUACGCGCUCUUUGAGGUGCCCUCCAACUACUUUCUCAAGCGCCUCCGCCCCAGCCGCUGGAUCGCGUUCCUUAUGCUGUCGUGGGGGGCCAUUACGAUGGGUUUGGGCGGCACGCACAACUACGCGUCCGUCACCGUCGUUCGCUUCCUGCUUGGCGUCUUCGAAGCCGGUCUCUUCCCCGGCCUCGUCUAUUACCUGACCUUUUGGUACCGCACCGAGGAGCGCUCCGUCCGCGUCGCCGCCAUCCUCGCGUCGGCGACCCUCGCUGGUGCCUUUGGCGGCGCCAUCGCGUACGGCGUCGGCCACAUGAACCAGGUUGGCGGCAUGUCGGGCUGGCGGUGGCUCUUCAUCCUCGAGGGCAUCCCCUCCGUCAUCUCCUCCGUCUUCGUCUGGUUCCUGCUGCCCGACUACCCCGAGACGGCGAGCUGGCUGACAUCGGACGAAAAGGAGAUGGCGCGCCGCCGCCUCGUGGACCAGGGCUCGCACGGCUCCGGCAAGUCGCUGACGUGGAAGGAGGCCAAGGAGACGCUCUUGGAGUGGCGGCUUUGGGUGCACUACAUUAUUUACUUUGGCAUCUCGACGCCAUUUUCAAGCCUGUCGCUCUUUACGCCGUCCAUUGUGGCCGGCUUAGGGUUUGCCGAUCUCAAAGCGCAGCUCAUGACUGUGCCCCCCUACGCGGCCGCCUACGUCGUGACGCUGCUCGUCUCGUGGUCUGGCGACCGCCACAACGCUCGCGCCCUACACUCUGCCGUAUUUUCUACAAUCGGCGCCGCCGGCUUCAUCGGCUCGGCGCUGCUCCCCGCCCACAGCUACACGCAACGGUACGGCUGCCUCAUCGUCGCCGCGUCGGGCGCCUUUUCGUGCAUUCCGCCGCUUCUCGGCUGGCUGUCGUCGAACCUGCACUCGACCGCCGCCAUUGGCCUUGCCAUUGCGCUCAACGUCUCCAUGGGCGCGCCGGGCCAGAUUGUCGGCGUGUGGAUUUACAAGGCCAACGAGGCCGCCAUAGGAUACCCAACGGGCCACUGGACCAACGCGGCGCUGCUGCUCUUCGUGGCGGUCAACUGCGUCGCGAUGCACUGCUACUACGUGUGGAGGAACCGGCGCGGCGGGGGCAAGGACGGGGUGCCGUUCAAGUACUAG